AGACAACACCUCUCGAAGCCCUGCAACACCCCAUAGCAUACACCAUGGCCCAGAAGCAAAGAGCGAACCAGGCCAUCACCCUCAAGGGUUCCACUGCCAUCGUCACAGAAUUCUUCAACUAUAGCAUCAACAGCAUUCUCUACCAGCGAGGCGUCUAUCCUUCCGACGAGUUCAAGAUCGUCAAGAAGUACGGUCUCCCAAUGCUCAUGUUGACAAACGAAGAAGUCCAGGAGUACAUCUCGACUAUUCUUGCCCAAGUUCAUGAAUGGAUUCUUACAUCUUCUAUUACCCGCCUAGUCCUCGCCAUCAAAUCAGCCGACACAGGUGAGACCGCGGAGCGCUGGCAAUUCGACCUCUAUACCGACGAGUCGGCCCUCGACCCUUUACCCGGCGGCCCGAAAGCAACUGCCAAGGGAGAGAAGAAGAAGGACAAGACCGAAAAGGAGGUGCAAGGAGAAAUCAGGGAGAUCAUCAAGCAAAUUACUUCGACUGUCACGUUCCUGCCCAUGCCGGAAGGCGAGUAUACAUUCAACAUUCUGGCCUACCAUGAUGGGUCAUCUGAAGCCAUUCCGGCUACCUGGGAUGACGCCGACCCGCAUCUUAUCGACCAAGGCAAGGUCGAGCAAGUUAGACUGAGGAGUUUCAGCACCAAUGUCCACAACCUUGAGGCGUUGGUGUCCUAUCGGAUGGACUAGAUUUCCCUCACAAUAUAUGUGUAUCAGCAGUCGCGGAUGGGGGAUGGCCAAGCGCCGCGUGAUUAUGCUACUGUAGACUAUGUAACGAGUAACGACCUCAUGAUAUCAUGCUCACGCCCAAUGCCGAACGUU